GUUUUUUAAAAGAACUGACAGAGUCUACAGAUCUCAAAUUCAGUGGAAGAGAGUUCCAGAGUCUGGGAGCCACAGAAACAAAAGCUCUGUCCUCUUUUGUUUUUAAUCUACUGUCUCUAUUUUGGUGCUUUUAUUAGUGUUUAGUUUCAGCGUUUGAGCAAGCAGAGAACAUGAUGAGCACAAACCUCCCCCUGACUAGAAAAAGGAAACACGAAAACCUUUUAAUCAAUUAUAUUAUCGGUGCAUGUUGUCUUUGGUGCUAUUCAAAGAAGCAAAAAGUGCUCGCAAACCUGUGACCACAUUUCCUAUAGGGGGCAGAUCACGUGAUUCAGUCUGAUCUCAAAAGAGUGGAGGAAGGUAAAGAUUAUUUUCUUUCAGACUAGCAGUUUGAACACGAUGGCAUGUCUCACGCUUGCUUCAUAUCUGACAUGUCUGAUCUUAGGGAAUAUAGGUGAGUUAUGUUUUAGUAAUUUGGAUUACGCUGUAUUUACAUUCUUUCCUAUCACGUAAUAUUACCAAUCAGAAUAAAUACACGUCUCAUUAUAAUCUCAAAAGAACAGCUAAUGUCGUUGAAAACUCGACUUUGCAAUGAUGUAAUUUUCUUUUUUUCUGAUUUUAAUGUAGUCCAGAAGACCCAUCUGCUACCACAGGCAUCUGUUUAUCAAGACAAAGAUUUUAUCUUAGCUGAUGUUGGAGAAAAUGUGAGUUUGCAUUGUUUCUAUGAAGGUGACGAUUCAGCAUGGAUCUUGUGGUAUAAGCAAACUCUGGGACAGAAACCGAGGCUAAUCUCUACCUUCUAUGUGUACGAUGAAAAAAUCACUUUUCAUGAUGAAUUCCAGAACAAUCCACGGUUUAAACUGGAUACAGAAAACAGAAGAAAUAACUUGAAGAUUUCAGAUUUGAAUUUCAAUGACUCAGCUACUUACUACUGUGCAUGCAGCUAUAGAUUUGUGUUAACUUUUGCAGAGGGUAUCACUGUCAAAGUAAGGGAGGCAGGUUUGAAAAACCCAGCUUUAGUCCAUCAGUCGCCAUCUGAGACCAUCCAGCCAGGAGGCUCUGUGACUCUGAACUGCACGGUACACACUGGGACCUGUUAUGAAGAACACAGUGUUUACUGGUUCAAAGAAACAGAAGCAUCUCGUCCAGGACUGAUUUAUACUUAUGGAGGCAAAAAUGAUUAUUGUGGGAGGAAAGCUAACCCACAAGCAGACGCCUGUGUCUACAACCUGCCAAUGAAGGAUCUGAAUCUGUCUCAUGCUGGGACCUACUACUGUGCUGUUGAUUCAUGUGGACACAUAGUGUUUGGAAACGGGACCAAGCUGGACUUUGAAAAUAACAUGGACUCCUUUGUCUUGAAAGGAGCUGUUGCAUUCAUGAGCAUUCUGACUAUAUCACUGGUUUCCACUUUGUGUGUGAUCAUAAAGAUAAAUAGCUGCCACUGCUCAGAAUGUCAUGCAAGCUUUUCAGAUUUCUCCAUAAAACACAAAAAGGAGAACAAGAACAAGACCGGUGACUUCUGGAGUGAAUGUGUGUACUUUAGCUUCAAGCAGUAAAACUGAAAAUGUGUCAUCUUUGUUUCUUUAUAACAGAGCAGGACCUUAUAAUUUCAAUUUUUAAAGUUUAUCAUGACUUUUCUAAAGUUUUAUUUUUUAAGAUUUCAGCUAAA